AUGUUGAAAGCCAAUGGUAAGAAAAUAGAUUUUAAUAAUUUAAAUCUCGAUCGCUCAUAUACCCUUGAAGAAUUUGAAUUCAUCAAUGACCAACUCAAGACACGCAUUCUAGAAAUUGAUGGACAUCCAGUUAACCUUUUUGAUCUCGACAAAAACGGCAAGCUUAUCCCUAUGCCACAAUCACCUUACUCUAGAGAAAAAGUUGUUGCUGAAAUCGUUAGACAACUUAGUAAUUGGAAUAUCUGGACACGGCAAAAUGGGGGCGUUACCUCAUCACAGGGAGGAUUUGAUUUUGAUGUUGGAGGUGGUAAAACAAUCAGAGCGCCAGAUAUUGCUUAUACACCCAAAGAAAUAGAUUGUCAAUUGGAUGCACAACAGAAUUGGAGUUUUAAAGGUGAUCCUUUCACCCCUAUAUUUGUUAUCGAAGUCGGAAACAUUUCAACUCAUUCAAAGUUUGAGGAACUUGAUAGAAAAUUCAAGGAUGUAUAUUUCGCGGAGGGGACCUCUGUACAAUUGGGAUGGUUAAUAGAUCCAGAAAAUAAAGAGAUCCACGUAUAUAGAAGGGAUCGAUGUCGUAUUAAUCAUGGAUGGAAAAAUGUUAAUGCUGAGGAUUUUUUACCAAGGUUUACUUUAGAAAUAUGGAAAAUCGAACAUGUAAUUUCACAGAAAGAAUCAGUAUCACCAGAGCCCACAGGAGACGAUAAUACACCACGCAAUUGCCCUUUCUGUUCAGAAACCUUGACUGAUGAAACUUCCACUUCUCAGGAUCAAGACUUACCUUUAGUUAAUCAGGACACUUCAACGGAAUCUGAAAAGAUAAUGACAUCCUCAUCAUUAUAUGAUGCAAAAACUGUGACAAAAUGUCACAAUCAAAACCAUGCCUUGGCAAUUCUGAUACUACCUCCGAAAUACUUGAAUCAGAUAAUCAAAUUGUAG